AGUCGGAGCUGCCUUGGGCCGCGCUCCGCUCCCCGAGCCACCCGGCCAUGACGAACUUCAUCUCGGUGCAGCUGAAGAAGGCCUCGGAGGUGGACUUGGCCAAGCCGCUGUGCAAGUUCAUUCAGCAGAGCUACCCGGGCGGCGACGCCCAGGCCGAGCACUGCCGCGCCGCCGAGGAGCUCAGUAAGCUCCGCAAGAGCGCGCUGGGCCGCCCGCUCGACAAGCACGACGCCUGCCUCGACACCCUCCAGAGAUACUAUGAUCAGCUGUGUUCAAUUGAACCAAAGUUUCCAUUCUCUGAAAAUCAGGUCUGUGUAACGUUUACAUGGAAAGAUGCUUUUGAUAAAGGAUCGCUUUUUGGAGGCUCUGUCAAACUGGCUCUGGCGAGUUUGGGGUAUGAGAAGACCUGUGUUUUGUUCAACUGUGGAGCAUUGGCAAGCCAGAUUGCAGCAGAACAGAAUCUAGAUAAUGAUGAGGGACUGAAAGCUGCAGCUAAACACUAUCAGUUUGCAAGUGGUGCUUUCCAACACAUUAAAGACACUGUUCUAUCAGCAUUGAAUCGAGAACCUACGGUGGACAUCUCUCCAGACACAGUUGGAACUCUCAGUCUUAUUAUGUUGGCUCAAGCCCAAGAAGUGUUUUUUUUGAAAGCAACAAGAGAUAAAAUGAAAGACGGUAUCAUAGCUAAACUAGCUAAUCAAGCUGCAGAUUAUUAUGGCGAUGCUUACAAACAAUGUCAAUAUAAAGAUACUCUGCCCAAGUAUUUUUAUUUCCAGGAGGUGUUUCCUGUUCUGGCUGCAAAGCACUGCAUUAUGCAGGCCAAUGCAGAAUAUCAUCAAUCUAUCCUGGCGAAACAGCAGAAGAAAUUUGGUGAAGAGAUUGGGAGGUUACAGCAUGCAGCAGACUUGGUUAAAACAGUGGCAUCUCGUUAUGAUGAAUACAUAAAUGUUAAAGAUCUGGUUGACAAAAUCAACCGUGCACUUACAGCUGCCAAAAAAGACAAUGACUUCAUUUAUCAUGACCGUGUUCCUGAUCUGAAAGACUUGGAGCCCAUUGGAAAAGCUAGCCUUGUGAAGUCUACUCCAGUUGUUGUUCCCCUCAGUCAGAAAUUCACAGACUUGUUUGAGAAGAUGGUUCCAUUGCAAGUUCAGCAAUCUGUGAGUGUUUAUAACCAGAGAAAGGCAGAUCUAGUAAACAGGCUAAUAGCUCAGAUGAGAGAAGCCACAAAUUUGGCAAAUGGUGUGUUGGCUUCCCUCAAUCUUCCGGCUGCUAUUGAAGAUGUGUCUGGUGAUACUGUUCCUCAGUCCAUUUUGAACAAGUCCAAGUCUGUGAUUGAACAGGGAGGAAUUCAGACUGUUGAUCAGCUGAUCAAAGAUUUGCCUGAGCUUCUACAAAGGAACAAAGAAAUCUUAGAUGAAUCCCUACGGUUGUUAGAUGAAGAAGAAACUACAGACAAUGAACUCCGAACAAAAUUCAAAGAACGCUGGCAGCGAACACCAUCCAUUGAACUCUAUAAGCCUUUAAGGGCAGAGGGAGCCAAUUUCCAUAGUAUCUUGAAUAAAGCUGUGCAAGCGGAUGGGCAAGUUAGAGAAUGCUAUCAGUCUCACCGGGAUACAAUUGCACUUCUGUGUAAGCCAGAGGCAGAGCUCAAUGCAGCUAUUCCUUCUGCUAACCCAGCAAAAACAUUACAAGGAAGUGAGGUCGUUAAUGUCUUAAGAACUUUGCUGUCUGGUUUGGAUGAAGUUAAAAAGGAGAGAGAACAACUAGAAAAUGACAUGAAAGCUGUAAAUUUUGACAUGACGAGCAAAUUCCUGGCUGCACUUGCACAAGAUGGUGCUAUAAAUGAGGAGGCUAUCUCUGUAACUGAGUUGGACAGAAUUUAUGGAAGUUACACACAGAAAGUGCAGGAGUCCUUGAAAAAGCAGGAAGAACUUCUCAAAAACAUUCAGAAUGCACAUCAAGAUUUUUCAAAGAUGAAACAAUCAAACAAUGAAUCUAAUUUAAGAGAAGAAGUUUUGAAGAACUUAGCCGUGGCAAAUGACAAAUUUGUGGAACUUGUAGCCAAUUUAAAAGAAGGGACAAAGUUUUACAAUGAGCUGACAGAAAUCCUUCUGAAAUUCCAAAACAAAUGCAGUGACAUUGUCUUUGCUCGCAAGACUGAAAGAGAUGAACUGCUCAAAGAUUUGCAGCAAAGCAUUGCUAGGGAGCCCAGUGCACCCUCUAUUCCUCUACCUACAUAUCAGACCACACCGGCCGGAGGAAGUAAGCCUGCUGCAUCAUCAACUCCCACGCCAGCACCCAGAACCAUGGUGGGUGCUAAACCACAGCCACCAGCACGGCCACCACCACCUGUGAUUUCUGCGGCAAGCAGUUCUUCUGCAUCAGCACCAUCUGGACCAGCUACAGCUCCUGCAGCUCCUGCUGCAGUUCCUCCUGUUGCUCCGGGAGUGGGUGCAUCAAGCACUGCACCAUCACAGGCACAGGGACCUCCUUACCCAACUUAUCCAGGUUUUCCAGGGUAUUGCCAGAUGCCGAUGCCAGUAGGCUAUAAUCCAUACAUGUAUGGCCAGUAUAAUCUGCCAUAUGCGCCAUCACCUGUCUUUCAGAACCCUGGACAACCACCAUAUCCAACACCUCAACAACCUGGAUACCCUUUUCCUCAACAGCCUUAUUACCCUCAGCAAUAAUAGAUCUGCACAGAAGCUCUGCUUGUUAAAAAAUUGAGAGAAAAUUGCAAUAAGGAUACUAAAACUUCAGCUUCAGUUAAUGUACCAUACUGAACUGUAGGCAGUCUAUGACUCUUGUUUGUUGUUAACUGCUCAAAAAUGUCUAGAUCAGUUUCUGAUUACAUGAAACACUCAAAGAUCUGUGGCGGCAGUACAGACUGUAGAAUAAUGCCAGAACUAGAACCUAAUUCAGUGGUCUGAAGUUGUACACUACAUGUUGGCUAGACCAAAACGUUUCUUUGCAAAAAUCCUAUAAAAAAUGGAUUAGAUAAGAAAAAUGGAGCAGUGCUUGCACUGGGUGUUAUAUAUUCUAUGGAACUACAUAGCAUUUCGUUCUAUACUCUACUGGUUUGUAUUUUUUGAGUUUAAUUAAAAUAAGCUAUUUUGUCUAAUCAAGGCCUUGUAAAUCAUCAGUAAAAAAUAAAUUACGUAAGAAUGGUUUAAGCACUUCACAUUUUCAUUGCCAUUAAAUUGUAUUUUGUGUGUUCUUAGAUUCUUUCAUUUGUCCCUUGACUUACCUGUGGCUGUAAUGCCAAAAUGACGUCUGAAAUGCUUAGCCUUACAACUGAAUUUACACCUCUUCUCCUUGAACCUAUAUGUUUUUUGUGAGUGUAUAACUAACCAUUUUGAUACUGGUAGAUGAAGUCUUGUGAGUAGAAUCCUGUACCUUUUGAAGUGUAUUGGACUAAAAACUUUUCAUUAUCACUUUAAAAGAACAGUUACUUUCGUCUCAAUAAAACUUUUUAAAAGAAGAGAGAUCAAGAUCCCUUUUAGAGGACCAGUGGUUGGUUGGUUUAACCCAUGUUUUUCGAAGAAGUUAAUCAAAAAUGUGUAAUUGAUUAAUAAUCAACAGUUGCCCUAUGUUAGAGUUUUUCAAAUUGUUUUUAUAUGAUAUUUUUUUCCCCAGUAAAGAGCUCAAAACUUGAUGCAUAUUCCCUCAGGGAGCUUAUUAUCUGUGGAGAGAUUUUUUUUAUGGUAGAAAAAGUUAUCUUGUAAAUUAAAGCGCACUGAAUAUUUACUUUUGGAUCCAUGUUCUUAAGGGUCUACCUUGCAUUAUGUUUUGCAUUAAGAUAGUGAAGGAUAUAAGCUUGUGGCUAAUGGCUUCUACCAAAUAUUUGCUAAAAACUUUCAUAUUUUUUUUAAACAUGCUGUGUAGUGGGGGAGUCACUCCUGUAGCCCUUAGUUCUGUGGGACAAUUCCUUGAGUGCUUCAUACAAGAUGUUCUGGCCAUACAGUAUAGCUAUCACAAUACCUAUGUUAAUGUUACUACUUUUGUCUUUCUAUUUAAGUGCCUGGUUAAAAUAGCAAGGUAUACUUUAAUGUAGGGGGUUUAGAGGGUGCCAGUUACUGUAGCAUCUGGGUGCGAACCUUACUGGAUCUUGAAUACUCUUCCACUUAAAGAAAGCGACAUACUUAUUCAUGUGAGCUUCUUUCUUUGUCUCAAGUUCUUGCUAUGUGAUCACUCCGAUUACUUUGUGAAGGCUACUCAUCUUUAAUGCUCCUUGUCCCCCACAGAAAAUGUAAAUCAAAAAGUGAAAAGUAAACAUCUCUCAGAACAUGAGUAUCUAAUUCUGAACAGAUUUACCAGCUCUGUAGAAGCUCAGUCACGUAGGGGAGAAGGAUGGAAUAGGUGAAUCGAACACCACAGAUGCAACAGUGCACAAAGAGAGGCGCUUUGCGUUUCUUUAUAACCAUGGCUGAAUGGGGUGGCACAGGGACACUUCCAGUGUUUUUCGUAAUAAUAAUACUUAAGAGGCAAGCAAGGACAAUGAGAAAAGGCUAGGAAGGAAACUGUUUGAAUCAACAAUCAGAAUCUGAUUUUACUCUUAAUUGGAAAAAAUAGCAGUUUUCCACUAAUAUCACUGUGUCGUUGUGAGCAAGUGCAACUUUAACUCAGCGAUUUUAGUUCUACAUUUCUAGUACACUAUUGCCUGUAGAUUGUUCCGUUUGCACAUUAGAUGCAUUUGAGCUAUUGUGUAAGUUUUGUUUCUAGUGCCUCAAUUUAUAGAACUUAUUUUAAUGCUGUAUAAAAAUGUAACUUGUUCAGCAUAAGGGUUCCCAGAACUGAAAUUUUAAAGUUUCCUAGAUUUGAAAUCACUGUUAAAACACUUUUCCAAUUGUUACUGUUUUAGUUUGCUAUUAGUUGAAUAUGUAUAGAAAUCUGUGCAUUACUUUCAGCUUUCACAUGACCGUUUUUUCUAAAAAGAACAGAAAAAUCCAGAGACAUGUAUGUAUCUGCUUUUAAGCAUGCAGCUGUCAUGACUUCAGUUGAAAUGUUAUCUUGUUCUAUAGUUUAUUAAAAAAAAUCAGUUAGAAAACCUGA